CGAGGGGUCCAGCCCCGGCCUGGCCGGCGGGCAUGCGGAGCGCGGGCGCGGCCGGGAGGAAGCAGCGGGCGGCACCGGCCCUCCUCGCCCCCGCCGGCCGGCGCCAUGUCCCUGCUCUGCGUCCGCGUGAAGAAAGCAAAGCUCCAGGGACCCCCAGAUAAAUUCAACACUUACGUGACACUGAAGGUGCAAAAUGUCAAGAGCACCACGGUUGCCGUUCGUGGGGCCCAGCCGUCUUGGGAGCAGGACUUUCUCUUCGAGAUCAGCCGGCUGGACCUGGGCCUGAUUGUGGAAGUGUGGAACAAAGGGCUGAUCUGGGACACCAUGGUGGGCAUGGCCUGGAUUGCCCUGGAGACCGUCCGGCAGUCGGAUGAGGAAGGUCCCGGGGAGUGGUCCACCCUGGAGGCCGAGGUUCUGAUGAAUGGACAGGAGGUCUGCGGCACCAAAAACCCAACACCGCACAAAAUUUUGCUGGACACGAGAUUCGAAUUGCCUUUUGACAUUCCUGAGGAAGAAGCUAAAUACUGGACCAAGAAGCUGAAGCAGAUGAACUCGCUGGAGGAAGAGGAAGAGCCGUCUCCCACAGAAGAUGACCAGCAGCAGCUGAUGCCUCCUGCAGCCUCCCAGUGUUCUUCGGAAGGCCACGAGAGCGCCGUGGACGACCGGGACAGCGACUACCGCAGCGAAACCAGCGCCAGCCUCCCCCCUGCCUACUGCACCACCUCCCAGCCCAACGCUUCGGCCCACCAGUUCCGGGGGGCUUCCCGUCUGCAGCAGCAGGGGGUCUGCGUGGAGCCCCUCCGGGGGUACGCCUCGGACGAGCAGACUGGCAUGAGAAGACACGGCAGCGUAGACUCGACUGGGAGUGGCCGGACCGACCUGGAAUCCGGAUCGCAUUCCAGCCAAGUGACCAGUCGCCAGCUGUCCCUAGAAAGCCGGCACUCCUUAGAGAUGUCGGAUAGUCAAGGAUCUUUAAUUAGCAGUGGGAAAGUCAGGAUUAUUCCUUUUGACCACGAUCUUGACCGAGAAGAGUCUGUUGAGGACUAUGACGAACUAGGCAAACAGCUGAUAGAAGAUUUUUUAGAAAAAAGAGCUAGGAAUUGGCAGGAGGUAAAGAGGCCUCGAUUCUCCAAACAGGGCAACGGUAGCCAUCUGAAAAGUUCCAGGUCCUCUCAUAAAGUUUGUGUGGAAUUAGCACGUCCCGAGGCCCUAUCGUAUCCAGCGGAAUACGAUACUAUAGACAGGAGAAGGAAAAAGAAACGGAGAGAUAAUACAGAGUGUGAAUGGAGAAGAUCUCAAAUCAAUGGGAGGUCGAGAAUUCCCCACGAAACCGUUAUUUCUGGAAGCAGCAGGAGAGUAAGAACCGAACGUAACACCAGUUACGAUGAUGCUGAUCUUUAUAGCCGCCAUAGCCUCCGGGAAGUUGGGGCUCAGCAGCCUGGAUGUUGGGAUUUGCUUCCAUACAGAAACACCCACCUGGCCCAAAGCGGCUGGUUCUCUGACAGCCCAGAGAGAAACUGCGACCCUCAGCCAGGCCGUUUUGGGGGUGAAGGUCAGCUGCACCCAGAAGAGGCAGCCAGUUGUUUCCCACCGUCCGGAGCUCUUGAGGAACUGGAAGGCAACAGCUGGCCUGAAGAUCUUGGGGGCUCUCCUGCUUCAGAUGAGGAAGGGAAGGGGGAAAUGGCCCAUGGCUGGUAUGAGCCCACGCGUGGCUCUUUCAAGGAACACGUGGCCUUCUUGCCUGUUCAAGCGCCACCGGAGCAAGACCUCAGUGCGGUGGACGAGCUGCAGUGCUUGGUGGAGACGGUGUCCGAAUACCUGGCCGAAAAGGAGGAAGAGAUUAGCAGCUGGGAAGCCCUUCCAAAGCAGGAAAGCAGGAACCAUGGCCUCCCCAUCCAGGUGGCGGAGGAGACGGCCCAGGCAGAGCAGGCCAAGGCAGCCCCUGCAGAGGAGGAGGAAGAGAAGAGCGACAGCCGAGGAGAGGCCUUAUCGGACAUUCUGGGGGUGAAAGACACAGCCCAGUCCUUCUUCAGCUUCCUUACCGAGAAAGUGAGCUCUGGAAAGACGCUCUUCGCGUCAUCCAUGGAGAAGUUUGUGUCUUCAGCGACUGAGACGGCAGAUGUCCCCGCAAGGGACUCAUCCAGUCAGCCUCAUCUGGAUGUGGAAACGGAAAGCAGGCCUGAUCUCCGCUUGCCUGAAGAAAGGCUGGCUUCCCUCCCUGAUCAGAGCCGGGUGAAACUAGCUGGUGCUGACAGUGUGAGUCUCCCAGAAGUCUCUGACGGGGAUGACAAGGCCUGUCCGGGCCCCCCAGCCCUCGAUCAUCCUGCAGAUGAUGCCGAGGGCCAGUCUGCCUUUCAGAAGACAAGUGCGGCUGUGAAUUCUCUCUUGGGUAUGUUCGGUUCUUUAAAAUCCUUGACGGAAAAGAAGGAGCCAAAGAAAGAGACCACGAAAGAGGGAACCCCUGUAGAGGCUGAACCCUUGCCCAUAAGUGGAGCUGAGGCCAGAGAGAAGCCUAGCGAAGAUGGCACUAAACCCAGAAACUCCUCCCUGGAAACAAGGAAGGGGGAACCAGCAGCUGACCCCACCAGGGGUCCAGCACCCUCCGUCUCCAGCUCCUCUGCCGACAUUAGCCUGAAAACGAGUUUUGAGGGCGUGGCUGUUCCCAGGAGGCCAGCGGAGUCUCCCGAAGUCCCCUGCCCCUCAGUGCAGCUGGACAAGGCAGAUCGGGAAAUCCCUCCGGAGCCUUUAGCAGCUCAGCCUCCUGAAGUCAAGCCGCAGGAAGGGCCAAAGGAGGGCAUCCCCCAACCUUCAGAACAAAGAGAAUCUCCCGUCAGUUUUUUUAGUCCUCUUAAAAAAUGCUUCAGCCUCUUGCCCCUUUCCACUCCCGCUGACCCUCCAGCCAAAGAGACGUCCUUGGGUGUGGGGAAACAGUGCAAGUCCGAAGACGAUGUCAGAAAAGCCAGUUCCUCCAGCAGCAAAGCUGCCUCCUUCCCAUUCCCUGAGAAGCUGCAGGUUUCCUUCCUGAGCAGCUUCAGCUUAUCAGACAAACCGCAGGAGAAUAAGGAAAAAACAGGAUUCUUCUCUACGUUCUUGAAAAUUGCUUCAGCUGAAAACCCCGAGGCUCCCAAAGAGGGACAUUUGGGGAGCAAUUCAGAGGGUCUCCAGACUUCCUCCUCAAAGUCUCCACCAGAGAAUAAAGAGGAGCUGAAGGGGAAACCGGAAACUGGCCCUUUGGGACCAGAAAGUGGCCCUCAGGAGAAGGUGGCUGCAGACACUUCAGAGAGUGCCGAGAGUGGCAGGCGUGGCCACAGUGACCCAAGCAAUAAUGAUCUAAAUGGUGUUGCAGGCAGAGAAGCAGCAGCAGCAGCAACCACGGCCACCUCCCAAGGUCACAGAUCCAGCCUGGAUCCGUCAGGGGAAAACUCAGAGGCGACUAGUGGAGUCGGAAGGACUAAGAUUCUGGGUGAUGCCCAGGAGGGUUUCCUGUCCGGACUUCCCCACUCUCCUCUGGCUGGCAGUUUAUCCUCCAAGGAAGGACAAGAUGCUCAAGACAGCACAGCCGGCCAGAAGGACCGUUCACCUGGCUUGCUUUCUGGAUUAUUUAGAUUCGGUUCAGGUGAAAACCCAUCUCCGGGUAAGGUGGACAAGCCAAAUCUGAGCUUUCUGGGUGGUUUGGGGCAGAUCUUUGAAAAGAAUGUGGAGGAGACUAAUUCCAAAGAGGGGGCUUCUCAAGUGGCACUCCAAACUCAAGAAGGCACCAAGGAGCAAGAGGGCGCAGGCAGCUUCCUAAGGAACCUCUUACACCAGGCGAAAGAGAAGGUAGAAGAGAGAGUGGCCCAAGCUCCCAAGAUGGAGGUCGGGUUGCCUAGCACAGGCAAGGAAUCCGUUGCCCUCCAGGCAGGAUCUGCCUCUCUGAACCAUUCCCAGAAGAAGACAUACUUAUCAACCAAGCCAGCCCUUUCUAGAAAAAAUGCAGAACCUCAUAUUCAUCCAGGGAUUCCCCAUGAAAAUGUAGGUGGACUUCUCAGAUGUUCCUCACGGAAUGCCAACUUGCUCAACUGGUUAGGAGAACCUCCUGCUUCUGAGGAAAUCAGGAGUGGCUCCCCCUUGGAUAGUGACUACGACCCCAGGAGUUGUCCAGCAAAGACGGUUCAGACAUCCAUGCCUUUUUAUUACGUCUUAAACCAGAAUCCCAUCUCCUGGGAUGAGGUCCUGACCUGGUCAGAAUCUAGCAACACGGUAAUGAAUUUGUGUAAAAGGGAUGGGAAUGCCAAUCCAAUGGAUUGGAGAUCAAGUGAGAAUUUUGAUCCAGCAACAACAGAUUUUAAUGCUGCGUCGCUUAGAUCACCUGACUUUUGUCUGGGGGAAAAUGAAAUGUGGGCAACUCCUUAUUUGAACGGAAGUCUUUCUCCACACAAGUUCAACUGCAUUUUUGAAGACGGGCCAAUAGAUUUAAGUUAUUCAUCUGCUUAUGGCGCUGAUGUGUGGACCCUAAUUGAUCAGGAGCCCCUGAAUGUGGAGGACCCUUGGCUGGCGCCCUGUCAGGAGUCCCUGGAUUGGCUGAUGCCUCUGCUGCAGGGAGUGUGGUGGCCGUCAGAAGACGGUGAUUACGGUUACUACGUAUACACUGACGGCCAGUAUGUUUAUUCUCUACUCACUGAUUCUACCGGGCAGUAUAUUUACAUCUGCACUUCCGACAUUUACCCUCAUCCAGACAGCUGGGAGGACCGUGACCUCAAGGGCUCUUUGCAAAGUGUUGUGACGGACCGGGACCUGGUUUCCAUUUGUGGCUUCAAAGUGCCUCUUGAAGAUGAGUUAUUCUGGUCGGCUGAAGAGGAAGAGUGGGAUGAUUAUUUUGUAAACAAGCCUCUUGAUUUGUCUGUAGCUUUUCAAAGAAGGGACAAGUUUAUGAACGUAGAGACCUUUUCUCAAAUGUUUGAGGAAUCUGCUUACCACCAGAAAGAGAAGCCUUUAGACUUCUCAGGGUACAGGCUUCUGAAACCCAAUAAGGUGGGCUUUAGGCCUGAGGAGAAGAGGGACGGGUCUGUAGAAGAUGCGCCCUUUGACCUCCGGGCACAUUUCAGGGUGGUCUCUGGCGGGGGGCUAAAGGAGGAAUUCCAACCCAAGUCACUGGAUGUGGCCCCUAGGACUAGCAUUUCUGAAAGCCAGCAAACCAAACCUUUUGGCUUUCAGAUCUUUAGAGCUGCCGCCAAAUCUGAUCUCCCACCAGUGUCUCUUGCCGAAGCACAGAUGGCCGAAGAAGAGAAGAAGACCACAAGCAACAGGGUCUCCUCUUGGCUUUCUGCCUUGGGUGGGCUGAUGGGUCAGGGCUUGGGGAAGGAUGAGAUGCUGGAGGAUGUGGCAGAGAAGGACCAGGGCCCACAGUCAAGGUUUCCUGCAAAGGAAGCCAUGUCUAGAACACCACCCAGGAAGAAGGGAGAACCUCAGCUGGAACCCCUGCCUGUUCCCACUGCACGAGAAGGGGCUGCGGUUGCUCCCUCUCCCACCCAGAACAGGGCUCCCCUGCGCAGAUCCGCCUCUCAGUUCAGCCAGGGUCUCACUUCCGACACAUUUGCCCAGCCAGACAGCAAUGCUAAGGCAGCUCCAGGGUCUCUGGGAGAGCCUGAAAACAGUUGGCCGGUCCUGAGCCAAAUAGCUACUAAGGCCAAGGAGACUCUUUCUAAGAGUGACCUCAAAACAAGUAGCCCCAGAGAAGACCCACCGGCUGCUGAAGAUUCAGGAUUACUCAGUUUCUUUAAAAUGCAGGGAAGCAAGCCUCCAUUGCAACCUUGGCCAACCUCUCAGCCCCAUCAGGUGAAAAACGAAACCCAGAGCCAGGCAGAGCUCCCGGGGGCUCCGUCUUCCUUCUUUGGCUCGAUCAAAGACUUCUUCACCAAGGAGCCAGCCCCCGCCCCGUCUGACACCCCCGUCCCACCACUGAGCAACGGGCAAAUAUCCCAGGAACUUCUUCAGGAACCUAGUAAGAAGCCUGCUUCUGAGGUGGGUGUCUCUUCAGAGCCACCUGGGGCAGGUAUGGCCAAGAAGGACCUCUUCCCUAAGGAAGAGCCCCAGAAAAAGGCCGGAGAGGAAACGGCCAGUGUCAAGGAAGCGCCUCCUGCAAAGGCUGAGCAGGCAGCUAACUCACACACAAGUCCAGGGUUGGGGUGGUGCAGCCCACCCCCAGAAGAGGGAGGCCAGCUCAGGAGCCUCUCUGGGUUGCUGGGGGACUCGGCAGCAAGGAAGUCCAGUUCCCUGAGCACCAGUUGGUCCUCCUUGAUGGACAAUGGGCAGCAGGGAGUCUUGCCUGGUAAGGUCCAGCCAGAGAAGGCCAGGCAGCCACCCGAGGAACCUGCGUUUAGACUCCCCUUUGGCUUGUCCCAAGCUGCGCCUCCAAAGUCUCAGGAGACAACCGGCAGCUGGGAUAUCUUCUCUCUUUUCCCUGUCUCCAAGAAAGCCCCGGCCCCAGCCCCAGCUCCAGCCCCUGCACCCUCUCAGACGGCCAGAGGUCCGGAGACAGAAGGCUUGUUCAAGAUCCCCUUCACUGCCAAGAAAGGGCUUCCAGACAGCUCCAGCUUCAGCUUCUUCAGUUGGGCCUCCUUCCGCCCUGAAGAACCAUCGUUUGCUCCUGACAAAGGUCACCUUGCCAAGCCACCUCCAUUGCAAGGGAAGGAGGAACCACUCCUGAGGCAAUCUGUUUCUGCUGAUGCUGGCAUUGGGAUGGCCAGGAAACCACCUGUGCAGGAGAAGGGGUCCAUCUCCGGGAUUAGAGAUGCUGUGUUGGGCAAGCAGGAAGCUUGCAGCUUGCAGAACAGGGUGAGUGAAGCCAGUGCCCCGGUGGCCGAGAAGGCCGGAGAAUGUGCCUUGGGAGAGCGGCUUACAGCCAGCCCGGCUCUCAGUGAUGCAAAGGAAGAAGAGCGGCUGGUACAGCUUGGCCCUACCUGCGAAGAUCCUGAAGUCCCAGAGGAGGAUGGGACUUUCUCACCUCCAGAAAUCCCAGACCUUCCAGAGCAGCUGCCCCAGAGCCCAACUGAGCGGGAUGAGACAAGGGUGUGUUUGUCUGAGAAGAAAGCUGCUCCUUUUCCGGAUGGGAAUGAAGCUUUUGAAAACACCGAACACCCCAGUUCAUCCUCUGAUCAGACUUCUGUGGCCCAGAGGAGAGCUGCUGUCCCAGAGUCAGGCCAGGAGGUGGUGCCGGAGCACCCGCAAGGACUUGGCCUUUCUUCCCAUGCUGGAGCCCAGCAGGCUCAGGGCCAGGAGCCUCUCCCCAAGGUCCCACUGGGGGAGCUGGAUAGGCUGAAGAUGCCUGAAGAAGCUACAAGCAACAAGUCUGUUCUAGAUUCCUCAGUGGAGAAGUUUUCAAGCUUUUUCACCAAAAUCAAACCCACUAAAACUUUCUCUGACUUUUUGGGCAGCCCACUCCAUGCUCCAGAUGCCCCCGGUGUGCAGAAGAAGAGUGCCUCCUUUUUUGGCAGCGCAUUUCAGGGAGGUGGGCCUCCCUCAACAUUCACAGGUGGCCUCUUUGGCUUCUCCAAAGGAGCAGCGGAACAGCCUCCUUCAAUGCCCUCAAAACCUGCCCAUGUGGACUCUGGCAUGAAAGAAGCUACAGGCUCAGUUCCAGGGAAGGAGCCGCUUAGCACCCAAGAAAGCAAGGCAGGUAGAGAGGAGGGCUCAGAAGCAAGCAGCUCAGGGAAACAGCAAGUCGAGAGCCUGGGAGGUGUGCUGCUGGAGACCAAGGCCAGAAGCAUCUUGAAGGAAGAUGCUCUGUUGACCUUGGCAGGAGAAACUCUCCAAAUGGACCUGGAAAUGGAAGCCAACCAAAAGCCAGACAUUUGCCAAGAGCCUGAGCCAAACGCUCUGGAUACCUUGAUCUCAGAGAAGAGCCAAGUCCCUGAAGAGGGGCAAGUGGACUUCCUAACUUCAGAUGAAAUGAGGGAUGCCGAUAUGUGCGGUCAAGAUCUCAACCAGGUGGUUGUGGCAGAAUCCGCUGCGAUGCUGGAGGAGAUCAAAGCAGAGACAUUGGAAGAGGUUGAUAUUUGUCCACCAAACGGAGGUGAGAGCCUAGGAGUGGAAGCCGGAAUGGUUCUGAACGAGACCCCUGAUUUGCACAAUGAAGAUGCGGACAGUGUCCAUGACACGAAACGUGUCCCCUUUGAGGAGAAGGAGGUUUCAGCCACUAGUGAGAAGCCUCCGGACGUUGAGGCCUUGGGGAGCACCUCAGGUAACGGGCCUGCCAGUUCUCCUGCUGCAGAGGCCCUCAGCGCCUCGUCUGUAUUUGAAAUGUUAAGCAAGCCCCCUUGGCCCAAAUUCGGCUUUGGGUCUUCAACCGGCAGCACCAAACCGAUGGGCUCCUUCUUCUCACCUGCAGCUGGCAAGACCGGUGCUGAGCCAGGUCUCGGGUCCAGCUUGAGCAGCGUCUCUUCCGUUCUGUUUCGUGGAGGAAGCGAUGAGAAGGUGGAGAAAAGCGGGAGCCUCCAAGAGACGGUUUUUGGGAGGAAGCUGGACUUCUCCCUGCCUUGGCAGAAAGGCCCGAAGGAAAAAGAGAUGAAGAAGGAACCGGAGGCGCCACUGAAACCUUCCUCCAAGCUGGAAGCCCCGUCAGAUGGUCCCUCCAAUCUGGCGCUCAGUGCACCACAGCCCUCGUGCGGCCCUGAGCAGGCAUCGAUGGGGCAUCCAGUCCCCGAGUCCAGCCUUCUAUCCGUGGAGAUGGACAGCUUGGGCGAGAAGUUCUUAGAGGCCAGAAGUGUUCCUGCUGAGGUUGAGCCUGGCCAAGGCCUGGAAGUUGAGGGUCAAGAGCAGGAAGAUGGCCUGAGGGCUGUUCCCAGAGGCCCUCCUGCCCCGACCCUGGAAGGAGAAGAAGCAGGAGACACGGCCUCCGUUCCUGGUCAAGCAGAGCAGAAGGAUGGCAUCGCAUGCCCAGAGGAGGGGCCCCAUGUUGCUGGGCUACUGCUGGUGGAGGAGAGUAGCCCACGACCCCCUCUCCAGCACAGUCCUGCCAGCAGUAGCAAGUUUGGUUCCUCCUGCAACAUCAGUCCGGGCAGCUCUCAGCUGAGCGAGCCAGAGCAGGGCAGCCCCCCCGGCUCGGAGCACGAGGAGGAACUCCCAGAAGCAGGGUCUGUGGCUCUGACCCUGCCGGAUGUCCAGGAGCCCCUGAGCGAGCCGGCCGAGUCCCAGGAAGCACUCCGGGAAGGAGAAGAAGAGGAGGCUGAGGAAGGUGGGCGCUCUCAGUUCCCAGGAGAGGGAGAGGACACCCCCAAAGCUGCUCCGGAACCACCAGGGAGCCUCCUGGAUGAAAAUGAGUCGCCGCUUUUUGCUCCGGCAAGAGCCCGUUGGAUUCGAGCUAUCACCAAAGUCCGGCUCCAGUUCCAGGAGAGUCCGGACGAUGGCGAGCCCUCCAAGUCUCCGUGGUUCAAAGGAGGGCCAGUGGGCGGCCUGUACGGCAUCGACAGCAUGCCUGACCUACGCCAGAAGAAGCCCCUUCCCCUCGUCAGUGAUCUGUCGCUGGUGCAGUCGCGGAAGGCGGGCAUCACUUCGGCCAUGGCCACCCGGACGUCCCUCAAGGACGAAGAGCUGAAAUCCCACGUGUACAAGAAGACCCUCCAAGCCUUAAUCUACCCCAUCUCCUGCACCACGCCCCAUAAGUUUGAGGUGUGGACCGCCACAACCCCCACCUACUGCUACGAGUGCGAGGGGCUCCUGUGGGGCAUCGCCCGCCAAGGGAUGCGCUGCACGGAAUGUGGGGUCAAGUGCCACGAGAAGUGCCAAGACCUGCUCAACGCUGACUGCCUGCAGAGAGCAGCCGAGAAGUGCUCCAAGCAUGGGGCGGAGGACCGGACCCAGAACAUCAUCAUGGCCAUGAAGGACCGGAUGAAGAUCCGGGAGCGGAACAAGCCAGAAAUCUUCGACCUGAUCCGGGACGUCUUUGGCGAGAGCAAGGUGACCCACGGGCAGCAGAUCAAGGUGGUGAAGCAGAGCGUCCUGGACGGGACCUCCAAGUGGUUGGCCAAAAUCACCAUCACAGUGGUCUGUGCCCAAGGCCUGCAAGCCAAGGACAAGACCGGCUCCAGCGACCCCUACGUGACCGUCCAGGUGGGCAAAACAAAGAAAAGGACCAAGACCAUUUUUGGGAACCUGAAUCCCGUUUGGGAGGAGAAGUUCCACUUUGAGUGCCACAACUCCUCCGAUCGGAUCAAAGUGCGCGUCUGGGAUGAAGACGACGACAUCAAGUCCCGGGUCAAGCAGCGGCUGAAGAGGGAGUCGGAUGACUUUUUGGGCCAGACCAUCAUUGAAGUCCGGACGCUGAGUGGAGAGAUGGACGUCUGGUACAACCUGGAAAAGAGGACGGACAAAUCUGCCGUCUCGGGCGCCAUUCGGCUGCAGAUCAGCGUGGAGAUCAAAGGCGAAGAGAAGGUGGCUCCUUAUCACGUCCAGUACACCUGCCUUCACGAGAACCUCUUCCACCACCUGACGGACGUCCAAGGAAACGGCGUGGUGAAGAUCCCCGAGGCCAAAGGAGACGACGCCUGGAAGGUCUACUUUGAAGAGAUCGGCCAGGAGAUCGUGGAUGAGUUUGCCAUGCGCUACGGGAUCGAAUCCAUCUACCAAGCCAUGACGCAUUUUGCGUGUCUUUCGUCCAAAUACAUGUGCCCCGGAGUGCCGGCCGUGAUGAGCACCUUGCUGGCCAACAUCAACGCUUACUAUGCCCACACCACGGCCUCCACCCAGGUCUCUGCCUCCGACCGCUUCUCGGCCUCAAACUUUGGGAAAGAGCGAUUCGUGAAACUGCUGGACCAGCUGCACAAUUCUCUCCGGAUUGACCUGUCCAUGUACAGGAACAACUUCCCCGCCAGCAGCCGGGAGCGUCUGCAGGACCUCAAGUCCACCGUGGACCUGCUCACCAGCAUCACCUUCUUCCGAAUGAAGGUCCAGGAACUGCAGAGCCCUCCUCGUGCCAGUCAGGUAGUCAAGGGCUGCGUCAGAGCCUGCCUCAACUCCACCUACGAGUACAUCUUCAACAACUGCCACGAGUUGUACAGCCGGGAGUAUCAGGCGGACCCAAACAAAGCGCAGGAGCUGCCCCCCGAGGAGCAGGGUCCCAGCGUCAAGAACCUGGACUUCUGGCCCAAACUCAUCACGCUCAUCGUCUCCAUCGCGGAGGAGGACAAGAACUCUUACGCCCCCGUCCUCAACCAGUUUCCCCAAGAACUGGCGGUGGGCAAGAUAAGCGCAGAAGUCAUGUGGAAUCUCUUUGCUCAGGACAUGAAAUACGCCAUGGAAGAGCAUGAGAAGCACCGGCUGUGCAGGAGCGCCGACUACAUGAACCUGCACUUCAAGGUGAAGUGGCUUUACAACGAGUACCUCUGCAGCCUGCCGGCCUUCCAGGGCACCGUGCCCGAGUACCCAGCGUGGUUCGAGCCCUUUGUGGUGCAGUGGCUGGACGAGAACGAAGACGUCUCGCUGGAAUUCUUGCACGGAGCUCUGGAGCGAGACAAGAAGGACGGGUUCCAGCAGACGUCUGAGCACGCCCUCUUCUCCUGCUCGGUGGUCGAUAUCUUCACCCAGCUCAACCAGAGUUUUGAGAUCAUCAAGAAGCUGGAAUGCCCCGAUCCGACCAUUCUGGCUCGCUACAUGCGGCGUUUUUCCAAGACCAUUGGGAAGGUGCUGGUGCAAUACGCGGACAUUGUCUCCAAGAACUUCCAAAGCUUCUGCUCCAAGGAGAAGGUGCCCUGCAUCCUGAUGAACAACGUCCAGCAGCUGAGGGUGCAGCUAGAGAAGAUGUUUGAGGCCAUGGGGGCCAAAGAGCUGGACCCCGAGGCCAGUGACUCCCUGAAGGAGCUGCAGGUGAAGCUGAACAACGUCCUGGAUGAGCUCAGCACCACCUUUGGAGACAGUUUCCAGCCCCGCAUUGAGGAGUGUGUGAAGCAGAUGUCGGAAAUCCUGUGCCAGGUGAAAGGGGCGGGGAACAGCGGCCCCAACACCGCAGCCCAAGACGCAGACAACGUCCUGAGGCCUCUGAUGGACUUCCUGGAUGGAAACCUGACCCUCUUUGCCGACGUCUGUGAGAAGACUGUGCUGAAGCGGCUGCUGAAGGAUCUCUGGCGGGUUGUGAUGGAUACCCUGGAGAGGCUGAUUGUGCUGCCCCCCCUCACGGAUCACACGGGGACCCAGCUGAUUUUCAGUGCUGCUAAAGAACUGGGCCAUUUAUCCAAGCUGAAGGAUCACAUGGUCCGGGAGGAAACACGGAACCUCAGCCCCAAGCAGUGCGACGUGCUGGAACUGGCGCUGGACACCAUUAAACAAUACUUCCAUGCCGGGGGGAACGGGCUGAAGAAGGCCUUCCUGGAGAAGAGCUCGGAGCUGCAGUCGCUGCGCUACGCUCUCUCGCUCUACACCCAGACCACCGACACCCUCAUCAAGACCUUCGUCCAGACACAGACGGCACAAGGCUCUGGAGCGGAGGGCCCCGUAGGCGAAGUCUCCAUCCAGGUGGACCUCUACACGCACCCAGGCAGCGGGGAGCACAAGGUCACCGUGAAAGUGGUGGCUGCCAAUGAUCUGAAGUGGCAAACCAGCGGCAUGUUUCGCCCCUUCGUGGAGGUCACCAUGAUUGGGCCACACCAAAGCGACAAGAAGCGGAAAUUCACCACCAAGUCCAAGAGCAACAACUGGGCUCCCAAGUACAAUGAGACGUUCCACUUCGUCCUGGGCAAUGAGGACGGUCCGGAUGCCUACGAGCUCCAGGUGUGCCUGAAGGACUACUGCUUUGCCCGUGAGGACCGGGUGCUGGGCAUUGCUGUGCUGCAGCUGCGGGAGGUGGUGGAGAAGGGCAGCUGCGCCUGUGCGUGCCCCCUGGGCCGGAGGAUCCACAUGGACGAAACAGGGAUGACCGUUCUGAGGAUCCUCUCGCAAAGGACCAACGACGAGGUGGCCAAGGAAUUUGUCAAGCUCAAGUCCGAGUCCCGCUCCCCGGAAGAAGGGAGAUGAUCCCGGUCUCCGUCUCGGACUGCUUGGGCCAGACGCUUGGGCCAGACGCACACGCAGCAGCAGCAGCAGCGGCAGCCGUUUCCCCUGGGCACCCGGGAGGAGCUUGGGGGCCCCUGUGAAACCUUCCUUGCCAAGGGAGUCUCUGGGAUGGAUCAGGCCGGGGGAGGGGAAAGACCCCUUCCUGCUUCCGCAGCUGUGCGCAAGGAGUGGGGGCAACGUGCGCCCACCAGGGGGAGGGGCAGGCGACCAAAGACCCGGCCCCACAUUCCCUCCACUCGGGGAAGCCACAGUCAGGCAGGGAAGGGGCUCGUGAGCCCAGCUGAGCCUUGACCGGGCAGUGACGAGGGUCUCGGGGUCUGGGAAGGGCGCUUGCCUGGAGAGGCUGGCGGAUGGAGCCCUGGCGGGCCGUUGGCCCCUCGUUCUCUGCCAAGAGCUGCUUGGCCCCAGUUGCCGUGGGGGACGAGGAGGGGGCGUUGCCUGGUGCGAGCUCUGCUGUCCUCGGGUGCGGGCGAGAGGAGGGGGCUUCCCUUUUCCUCUUGACCUUGUACAGCUCCCCCUCUUUCUCAGAACGCUUCUAGAUGCUGCUUAGCUGUUGUGGCUGCGCGUGAUACAAAAAUGCUGUUUUGACCCCCCUUGAAUGUGCCACCAUUGCAGGAAGUGUAGCCUUUAAUAAAGGACUGUUAGCGGCA